AUGCUACCCUUCCUCUUUCGUUUUGCGACCGUCAUUACCGCCACAAUAUUCUAUCUCUACAUGAAGCUCCGCUCGAUUCUCACUUGCUCGCGCCGAAAGACUCGCAAAAUUGCUGCUCCCACCGACGUUGAAGGUCGAAUGAUUGUCUCUCGCCAAGACUCUGACGAGGAGAAGUAUGAGAUACCAACCUUUCACGAACCUUUGGAGGCGAAAUCCGCUGCCUGUAAUCCCAAUUCAAUCAGCCGACAGGCUUCUUCUAUACACGUCCAUCCAUUCGAACAUAUCAUCCAUCCUCAAACCCACCAAUCUCUCAGUUCCAUCAGCAACACUCACGGGCAAGGGAUCGACCAAGCUCGACUUUUCUCCCCUCACAGACACCAGUCGCUCAAGCGCAUCCAACCAUCUACCAACCUCCGUUUCGAGUCGUGUUUCAGCUCACCGGAUGGUGGCAGACGAGAAACAGCCCCGGCAUCGGCAAGUUGGUAUGCAGACAAAGAAAACAAGCUGGUAGAAGUGCGAAGAUGGAGCAAAGGUGUGCAAAGCAAGAGAAUGUCACUUCCAAUCCAGCAAACAACUCAGCAAACCUCCGCUCGUCCAAUAUCUGCCCCAGCAAGUCUAGACACCCACCUUGUCCCCGUCGCACCAACUUUUGACCAAGCUCCUAAUUUGUCGUUCACAGUCUCCAACUUCGUCGACGUCUACACCAGUAUGGACCGCGUUGCCCGAAAUGAGAGCGUCGAAGAAUAUGAUAUGACUAUGAUUGCUCUCUCUGACGAUCGCGAGCUCUCGAUGCAAUCCGACCGGACCUUCGCCGUCGAUACACCCUCGGAGAUGAUGAAUCACGUCGGCAAAUCAACAUCCUCUCUUUCUCAAGAAUCGGAAUGCGACUCCGAGCUCGCAUACCUCCAGCUAUCCGCCUCCAAUUCGUCGCUGGUUCUAUCAGACUCUUCCUGCGACACACUUCCUUUCAGUCUCUCGCUAUCUUUGAAGUUGAACCGUCAGUCUGACGGGUCGCUGGGUGAAGUGCUUGAUGCCUGGGAAGAAAUGCUACAAAGCCCCAAGUGGUUGUCGCUAGUUGAUCUAGAAGGGGCCGCAGCGAGAAGGGAGGAAGAGCAGAGGUCAUUAACGUUUGGUCACGCGACGAAUAAGCUGUAA